CAAUAGUAAACCCAUUUGUUGUGUCACUUUAUUUUGGAAUCGCAAUAUGGAAAGGGUUUUGUAACGCCCCUUUUUCCUCGAAAUACAUUUCAUUGUCCCACUUAAUUAAAAGUGGCCGGAAGCUGAACAGAUCACCCGUCGUCAAAGGGUAACCAGUUGUGUAAAAUUGUAUUAGUUAUUCCGUCAUCAUGGUCCCUGUCAGCACCAAGUUACAGAACGAAAUGUUACUGGACCUAGCACGCAAUUUACGCCAGGAAAGGUUACUCAUUGGCUCUGAAAGACAGAAUCUGCAAAUUCUUAACAAAAAGGUGUCUGAGGCACUGGAGAAACUUCAUCAACUAGCAUGGGUUGCCAGCCAGCAGAGGAUUAAUCUUGAUGGCUUAAUUAUCUCACGUCUUGAAGUCAGUCCAUCAUUUUCCUGCCAUCAAGCAAAUGCUCUUGAGGGAGCUUGCUUCAUUGAGGGUUAUAGACACCUGGGUUUCCAUGAAGCCCUGUUCAGUGAAUUUCUCCAGCGGUUGAGACAAAAUGCACCCUUGUUAGCAGUUUGCUUGGCUAAUGGAGAGAAACUCAGUCCUGAAACAAUGCCCACCGUCAUAAGUGUUGUUACUUCAAGUCUUUAUGCCAACUUUCUAUUGGGUGAUGAUGAAAAAUACUGCCUACAACUCUUGAAGCAUUUAAUGGAAUUACAGCUUGUUAAUUCUGAAAACCCAAGGAGGCUUCUCCGGCAUGGAAGCUGCGCCUUCAGCCGCCUAUACAAAGCAUUUACCGAGGGUCUCUUUUCAGCCAAGGUUUUCCUCACGGCUGCCCUUCACGACCCCAUCCUAUUCCUGCUGAUGGAAGAUGAGAUGUAUCUUGAUGUCGAUCCAGUCCGGGCCGUCAACCGCUACCCAUCUUAUGAGCGAGAGAAACGAUUUGGUCGCGAAGGCACUCCAGAGUUUAAUACCGCUAUUCAGAAAUACAGAACCACUGCUAUCGAUCGCCUCGUUCAGCUGACUCAAAGAUUUAUUUUGGGGCUAGCUGCCAGCGUCGCCUGUUUUCCGUCAAGUGUUGCGUGGCUAGUUCGUCAAAUGCGAUCGCUCUUGACACAUUCGAUGCGGAUUGAUGCUCGGCAAGUUCACGCUAUUUGCGUUGAUUUGGUCUUCGCAUUCUUCAUCUGUCCUGCCAUUGUUAACCCAGAUCCUUGUGGCAUCGUUGAAGCCCCAAUAUCUCCUAUAGCCCGUUCUAAUUUAAUUCAAGUAGCUCAGAUACUUCAGGUGUUAGUCCACUCUAAGUGGGAGCCCUUUGAUCCUAAACUGGAUGAUCUUUAUUCCCGUUUCGACAAAGACUGCGUCUCUUCAAUUUUGGAUGCUAUUCUAGACGAAGGAACUUCUUCCGCCAAUGUGGCACCUUUCUCCCCUUCGUCGACAGAGUCAUCUCCAUCUGCGGAUCCAUCAGUCGACACGCACCGUCUCCUAGUCGGCUUGAAUCGUUCUGUCGCGUUGGUGACCGAAAAUGAACUUCAAACGUUUGUUCAAUUCCUUCGAACUGUACUAGCAAGUGACGGGCUAGAAGCAAAUGAUAAAAGAACGUUGGAAAACUUGAUGCAGCCUGUACCACUGGUAUGUUCCCCUGUUAAAUCUGCACUUUCACAGAGCAAUGGAGAUUUGACGCCUUCGUCAAAUGGUGUAACCGUCGAACCUACUGGAUCUUCACCCAAAGGGAAAAGAAACCUUCUGGAUAAAGUCAAUAGUCGAGUCCGUUCUAAGGCUGCCAAUCUACUUCAAAGAGACAGCGACCAUUCAUUUGGCAUAUGGUCCAGCUCUGACGAUUCUGGUGAUUUGGGCACACCUCGCCACUCGAACGGGGAAGAAUCUCCUGGUUCUUCUGGAGCCGUCCUUGGACAUGUUCUGGUUAUCCCGUUUAGUAGCAAGAAUGAAGAAUGUAUUGGCAUGUUGUCAGAGCAACAAGUAUUGGCGCUUGAACAAGAAAAGGAAUCUACUAGAGCAUCAUUGGAUGGAAGUUCCGUUCAGGGCGCGGAAGAAAUGCAGCAAAAUCCUGUACAAGAAAAAAGGACUCGUUUUUCAUUGUCGCAUGAUGAAGGAUCUAUCGGCAAUACCAGCGACAACCUCGAGGCUGUAUCGGAAGCUGCGUCGAAUCAUAGUGUUGAAUCGUCAGUAGAAUCCGAAAACGACGAAGCUGAGCAAGAUCCCAUCGACAACCUUUCGGAUAUGGUGUCAGCAAAUGUGUCUGGCAGAGGAUCACCAAAUGUCUCGGGAAGAGACACUCCGUCUUCCCAAAUUACGGAAGGAGAUGAAGGCACUUCAAGAAGUGGCAUUAACGAACAACGGCCGUUGUUAAUGCAGGUCGCUCCGCCCAAGCCUUCUGAUAUUGAUGAUAGAUUUGGCCGUUUCGACGUCAAGGAUUUAAUUUUAGGUGACGAAACUCGUUCACUGGUGAGUGACUCUUGGAGUACAGAUGUUUUGGGUAGUGAUAGCGAAUUGGCGAACGAGACGGCUGAAAGGGACCGGCAGCCCGACAGACCACCACUAGAAGAUAUUGUCCUUCCGGGCCGUCACCUACUAGUGGAGGCUGAGGCCGGUCUGUUUGACGUUUCAGAGACGGCAUCAGAAGCUUGGAGCACUGAUGUGGUGACUUCAGACACUGAGAGAAUGGCGGAAGUGGAUACGGAUGAAACUAGUAGCGUGGCUCGUUCUGAAGCUGACAGUGAACAGGACUCUACGUCGAUGCUUGCUGUCAAUGCUGGACCAUCGCAUCUUGGAGCUAUUCAGCGAAUUCGCGGGAGAAUGUCGGGCAGUCUUUUUCGUCCGAUUCGGGAAGCUAGCGUUGAGCAGAUUCAAAAUCUAAGCCUUCAGACAAGGUCGGCUCCCCAGCAAGAAAUAUCCUCGAACGUUUCAAACGGUCCAAUGUCUUCGUCUUCUUCCUCAUGCAGCAGCCACGGCAGUAUAGCCAGCAGUGCGAAAGGGUUGGCUACUUCUACUGCAGCAAGUGCGGCAAUGGUGAAUACAACGGCAUCCUCUUCAGCUGGAGGGACAGUCCCUACGUCAAGCGGACAAGCUUCGACAGGCGCCAUUCCAAAGAGUAUCAGUUUUGACAAAACUGCCGAUCGUGGUGAUAAAGAGCAUUGUUACGAUGACGAAAACAAAAACAAGCGAAGCUUCUUUCGCAACUUUAAACUGCCUUUCAAGCGAGGUGGUCGAACAAAAGAUCGUGCAAGUGCAAUUGAUCACACGGACAGUGUAAAUUACAGUACUUAUAACCGUACGCUACGGCGAUCUGCAUCGGAGGAAGCUCGCACUGCGCUAGCAACAGAAAGCUCGGAUGAUAUUUUGGCAAAGUAUCGUUCGAAAGGAUCUACUCUCACCAGCCAAGGAGAUGCCAGUAGUUCAAAUGGAACUCAAUCGAUGGUCAAUUUCAAUUUGGCAGAAGAACAGUCAGUCGAUGAAGAUGAAGGCGAAGAUGAACGCCAACAUAUUGAUCCAUUAAAUAUUGAAUCAUCUUACGCUUUUGCUGAUGCGAAGAGGAAGCUCAGACUUGUUCUUAGCACGGCGGACGUCCAGUCGCUCCACGUGAUGAACAAUGCCACAGCCGCCAGCAAUAGCACGGAACAUGAAUUGAUCAUUUUUCUCAAACUACAGCUAGCAGAGGCCAUCAACCUGCAAGAUCGCUCGCUGGUAGCUCAGCUUCAUGAGACUCUGCGUUGCGUCCGUCUCUUUGACGCUGAUGGCUGUUCAAAGCUUUUUCACUCUCUCAAAGAAGAUUAUAAGGGCCGAGCACCCUACCUGUCCUACUUAAUCCAAUGUCGCCAGUCCCUGCUCUCUGUCUUGGCGCAUUUAGAGCGAUUGGGUAAUCGCGUCGAACAAGACAAGGCCGUUUGUCAUCGUUUCCUAAUCUCCGUUUGCGUCCGCUUAUUUCUGGAGAGACGCGAGAAACAGCUCAACGAUUUUGUCGUUGAAUUUCAGCAAUUGCAUGCGGCCGACGAGAAGGCUGAUUGGCUUGAAUCAUUUCUUCAUCGUCUUUCGGCAGAAUUGGAACGCGAUUCCAUGUGGCAAUCUGCUAGUCGCUAUCAGAUCGAGCUAGCUCAAACCGCUGUUGAACAAAGAUUAAUGGCCUUGAUUUAUAGCUACGCACUUUAUCCAAAUGGCGAUGGCGACGUGUCCAGAGAUCAGGUUCUUCAUGAACACAUAGAAAAGUUGGGGCAAGUGGUUACUCCUAGCCACAAGGAUUUGAGGAUUCCGAAGAUCUAUCGCUACGAAUGCCCGUGGCCAUCGGCUCAAGCAGAAUUGGUUUCUAUAAGUGCUUACAAAACGCCCCGUGAUAAAGUCGCUUGUGUGAUCCGUUGCGCGACAACCAUUAUGAAUCUACUUUCAUUAGCCGCUGCUGCGGCAGAAAGAGGUGUUCCGGCCGCCGACGACUUCAUGCCAGUUUUUGUCUUUGUCAUCAUUAAGGCUAAUCCGCCGUGUCUACUGUCGACAGUCGAGUAUGUCAAUAGUUUCUUUGGCAACCGAUUGGAAGGAGAAGAUCAGUACUGGUGGACGCAGUUCUGCUCGGCAAUCGAAUUCGUGAAGACAAUGGAUUACGGACAUUAAGCGAUACGUAGCGCGUAAAAAAUCCGUGCCAUAACUUAAAGAUUCUUGUUCAGAUGUUAGAACAUCAUUAAUCCUUUUGUGGUGGUUUAAAUAACGUACCUUAUAUAUAUUAGUUUGCUCAUGUUGUUGACAGUGAGAAGGAAAGCUGUUUAUGUCAUUGUACAUAUUUGUUAUUCGUUGGCAGAGCUCGUACUUUGUAGAACAUUUCAAUGAGUUGCGACAACAUUGUCAGUAAUCGAGUCCGGUUGGAAAGUUUGUUUCAUGACAUUAUUUAGUUCUUUUGUGCAUUAUUUAGCUUACCUCAUUUUGUAAAUAUAUAGAUUAUGCUUCA